GUUUCAGUUUCAACCAAUUGCGACUUCUUCUCAUAUUCUUCUAGUCUCAAUAAAACGAGUUGAAUCCCCUCAAUCAAGGUUUCUUCUGAUUACAUCAUGGGAGACGCACAGGAGGCCCAGGCAGCAGGCGUACUCAAGUCAAUGAAGCUUGCUUCAGAGACGGUACGCUCUGCUAUAGCAACCGCCAUUCCCGUUGCUAGCAAUCAAGUUCUGACGGUUUCCCUUCCCGGAACGGUAAUCGACUGGAAGGAGUAUUACUACAAUGCAGAAAAGUUAAUCAAGCCCCCUCUAGAUAUCCAAGUCAAGGAGGCACGGCUGGUAGAUGGCAUGAUACCUCUGUCGAAGUUCACAGCCGGAAAAACAGGCAAAAGCGUGGCCCGCAGCUACUUGGCCACGCUCGACUUGCUGAUUCCCGUCGAAGCGUCUGUCUCCGGCGUCAUAGGGAACGAGACUGGUGAUGUUGCCGACGAGCGACUUAGAACCAUCAGAGAUCGUUAUAAACUGUCCAUGUCUUAUCUCACUUCUCCGGACGAUACUCCCACUGGCGCCGGCAAAACCAAGGUUGAUACCUAUGUACAGAAACAGUCUGCAUGGGCCGAGCAAGUUGCGGCCUAUGCCCAUGCUCAGAGCGCUGCAUUGAAGGAUUUCAGCGUUCCAGGGGCUUCACCUUCACAGCAAAAGGAGGCGAGGGAGAAGUACAUGCAGUGGUUACAAGAGCAUGCGCGCAAUUUCAAGAACAACAUACAAACCAAGUACAUGGACUGGGUAGUUCACGGCUAUAAGUUCUUGGUUGAUUUCCAUUUUGGAGUUGUCGACAUUUCGUCUGGCAUGAAACGCAUCGAAAACAGCAAGGAGGCGUACCGCAAUCUCACAAUCAUUGCUUCGGACGGCUCGAGCGAAUACAACGGGGUUGUGCUUACCCCAAGCACCUGGGCAAAAGAAGUGGCCCUCAAGGUGCUCAAUUGGAAGGCCAACAAUCACGGGCCUAGCAUUGCUGAAGUUCGCGCUGAGCUUCGCCGCCUGCAAAACCUGCUUGCCUCCCACCAGACCCUCCAAGAGGCAAUUGAAGGAAACAAAUUCGUCCCUGUCUUCGAAGCCAACAAGGAAGCAGACCCGAAGGGCCUGAAGGCAGCAUAUCUCGAUGUGUAUGCUGCCAUGGAUGUCCAGAACGGCGGAGCCCAGGACAGCGAAAAGUCAGGUGACAACGUUCUUGACGCACUGGUAAAAGCGCAGAAGAAACAUACAGAAGACAGCUUGAACCGAGAUAACGCAACCGUACGGAGUAAUAGUGAUCUGAGCAAAGGUGCUGCCCUUGGAUGGUUGAAAACCAGAAUCGACCAGUUGAAGACAGAAAUCGACGAGCUCAAGACUAGACUGAGCAUGCCCAUUGCAACACCCGAGCCGAACCAGCUUCCAGGAAAGCUUCUUGACUUACCUGUGGUAGGUGGGGAUGGCAUUCAGGUAACAGGAGACCAAAUUGCCAUUGAUCCAUACAUCAAUUCGAGCGACAAGAAGCCAAACAGCUUUAAUUUGGCGGACGAAAACACAUGGAGAAAUGCGCCAGAACACCAGCCUGACCCAUGGACCAAGGUGUCUUGCAAGGUAUCGAGUAAAUCUAGUCUUUCAGAGACUAAGACUUCCCAGUCAGCUUCGGCAGUUGCAGCGAAGGCUGGCUGGGGGCUGUGGAGCGUUUCAGGCGGUGGAAGUCACAGCUCAAGCAGCGCAGACGCAAUGCAGUCAAUGUCGAAUCUCGACGUUGAAGUCAGUAUGAGUUGCAUGGUCGUGGAGAUUGAGCGUCCUUGGCUUCAUGCAGAGCUCUUUGCAGAUGCAGAGCUGGACUCUGGAAAAUUUGACAUCUCGCCUGGAGAAGAUGAGUUGAAGAAGCAUUUUGAAGAGGGGACGAAUCCGAAGGGAGAGUAUCAGCAAUUCUCUUCGUACCCGACCGCCUUCGUCUUGGCAGCAGAUAUCGAACUGAACUUCUCUGGUGAUACGACCAAGCUCGAAAGUGCUGUCCCGGCGUCUUCCACGACAGUCAACGCAUCCGUUGGAUGGGGUCCGUUCGCUGUGUCUGGAUCUCACAGCUCAUCGAAGUCGCAGUCACGCACCAAGAUGGAAUCUACAGCCAACGGAUGCAAGAUCUCGGUCGAAGCGCCGCAGAUAGUAGGAUGGGUUCAGACUUUGCUUCCACGACUCCCGAAGCCCGUCAAAGGGGUUAGCACUAUGACGGGAUUGUUUACUUGAUCACAAUUGCAGGAAUACGAGGCCGUACACAGAGCCGAGCUGAGUAGCGAUGCUUUAGUUUUGAUUGUAGCAAGGCUGGGACUGUUCGGCGUUUACAAGGGACAUAGACGUUCCCUGACUUCAUUGUAACCACAGAUUGACAACACUAAUAGGAUACUGAAAUUAACAUAAAUUCUCACAAAA